CUUCUUCGUGUAGAAGAGCCAGCCUCUCGUUUCUCCUUCCCUCCUUCACACUCUGCCCCAAAGAUUUCCCUCAUGGACACUCAAAUCUUGUCAUCACAUCCUCUUUUCUUGGCACCAAGAAGAAGCUGCCUAAUGGCCACGUUCUCAUCCCCCCAUCAUCGUAGGCUGGAGGGCAGAGCGAUCGGAUAAGGCUUCUCCUUCAGAUGGAUGAACCAUCGCAGCCUGAAGCUGUUGGUUCGGUGAAAGCGGCCAUCAGUUUGUUCGGGGAAAGGAUUCGUAGCCGGAAGCAGGAGAAGCUCAGCAGCCAGGUCUUUCCACAAGAGGAUUUGCCUUCCAAAACGAAGGAAUUCCUCCAAGCGAAAGCGAACAUUGGCAGGCUGAAUGAUAUCAAGAGCUCUGCGGAAAGAGAGAAAGCCAGGGCGGAGUCCAAAUUGCUUCGCGUUAGAAAUGUGGCAAAGGAACUGGCGUCCGAGAUCGAGGAGUCGAAUGCCCGGAGAUCAGAGAUGCAGUCGGUAUCGAAAUCAUCAAGAGUCGAGGAGGAACUCCAGUAUUCCAGAGUGAUGCAGGAGCUGGGCCAAGCGAAGAGAGAACUGAGCAGCCUCAAGCUCGACGUGGCUUCGGCAUUAGAGGCGAAGGCGAAAGCAGAGAAGGAGAUCGAAGUCUCCGGCUGCAAGGCUGCAAGUUAUACGCGCUCCAUCGCGGAGUUACAGAGGAAGAUAGACGAGGCUGACGAAGAGCAUGUGCUGGUCGAGCUCGCGAGGAUUGAGGCCGAGAAAGAACGUCGAGAGAUCGAGGAACGAAGAAGGACCGAAGCUGAUUUGUUCGCUACGGAAAUUGAAACUGCCAAGAAGAGGAUUGAGGAGCUCCGAAGGGAGCUCCAUAGGUCGAAAGAGCUCGAAAUGAAGCUUAAAGUCACUAACACAGAUGUGAAUGUGUUGCAAAGGGAGAUGGAAUUGGUUCGAGCCAUGGAGAGGAACUACCGAGCAGAGUCGAUAGCCAAAUCCAACAACAAGAGAAGAGAACAGGAUUCUGCACUCCAAUCCGCUGAAGCUGAAUUGAAGGCAGCCAAACAAGAAUUAGCUUCCAUCAAGGAAGUGAGUUUUCAGUUGAUGGUCUCGAUGGAUACUAUAAGAGAGGAACUGAGGCACAUUUCUGAAGAGAUAAACAAACUCCAGAAGCUAGAAAAGAAAGCUGAAACAGACAUCCAGCACCUCAAUGCGAAGCUGGCAAAAGCAAAGUCCUUGCUGGAAGCUGCAACAAUGGCCGACGAGAGGUCGAAAUCCAUCGUUACCGAUCUGUCUUCUGCCCUCCAGCAAAUGCAAAGAGAGACCGUGGCCGCGAAUGAGGAAAAGCAACAGACUGAUGAAGAUAUCAAGACCAUCCGCGAUGAAAUUGGCAAAGUAGAAUCGGAUGUCGAUUCGGGUUCGGAGAAACUGCAGGCGGCCAUGCGGGAGCUCGAAGCUGUGAAAGCUUCUGAAGUGAAGGCGCUCAGGAAGCUGAGGGAUGUAGCUCACAAAGCGAUGAGAAGUAGAGCCGUGUCGAUUUCAAGGGUUUCCACCAUGACCAUCUCAAAGAGUGAGUUCGAGUAUCUGAAUCAGCAAGCGACUGCGGCGCAGGAAGUUGCGGCAAAGAAAGUGGAGGCUGCUCGUGCAUGGGUGGAAGCAUUGGAAGCUCGAGAGAAGGAGAUACUGCUGAAGACUGAGACCGUCGAGAGGGAUAUCACAGAGUCCAAAGGCGAGGAGAGAUCAUCGAUCGUUCAAGAUCGAGAAAUGGAUGAACUGAGAGAGAAAGAAGAAGAGGACAACGGCGGCCAUGCGCAAAGUGCCGUGGAGAAACCAAGAAAAACCAUGAGAGAGUCUUCAGCGGUGGCAUCAUCAAGGAGGAGUAAGGCGACAAGGCUUUCGACCUCAUCUGCAGCUCGAAAUGCCCGGUCGCCGUCGUUUACUAUAAAGAGGAAAAAGAUCAUUCCUAAUUUGUUCAAGCUUCUCGGCGAUCAGAAGAACAGACAGCACAAGUGAUCUGAACUCGCGCUGUCUUUGUUGACAUUUUGUUGAAUGUAGACCGAAUUCUGAAUUUAUGCUUAAGAACUAACUGGAUUAUGUAAAAAAUAUAAUAAUUAUA